GAGUGAAAUAAAGAGUGAGAUCUGCAUGUAUUGACAUUAGCCGGCAGUAAAGGACUGCCAUGUGCAUGUUAUAUAUUUGCAACAUGUUCUCAAGAACAAAUGGCAAUGAAUAUUAGAUCUCGUCUACAUCCCUGACAAUUACUGCAGAUCAAAACCUACGUGCAUACGGGCGUUUUUUUUCUUCUCUUUGCUUCUAUCUCAGUGUUCCAUUUUUCUGUCUUUUGCUAAAUAGAAUCAAGGGUUUUCUGAUCUUUUUUAACAAUGCAUAUGGCCCCUGGUUUAAUGUCAAAAGAGAGAAGAAAUUCUCGAAUUACAUAUAUGAAUAAGAAAUCAUUAUCGUUAACACCCAUUCUUGCUAUGCUUCUUUUCUUGUCAUUUCUCAUUUUCAUACUUCUUUUUCUUGGAAUUCUGUCACUUCCUAUUACUUCUGAUGGUUUUCCUAAAGCUUAUGACCUCACUUCUUUUGUUCGUGGGGGUCGAAGGAGCACUAUAGAGAUUUUGAGAAGCAAAAAUGAUAGAGGGGAGCAGUGGAUGGAAGUCAUUUCUUGGGAGCCCAGAGCCUUCAUUUAUCACAAUUUUCUAUCUAGUAAAGAAUGCGAUUACCUGAUUAGUAUUGGGGAACCUCGUAUGAAGAAGUCAACAGUUAUUGAUGUCAAAACUGGUGGAAGCACAGCUAGCAAAGUGCGCACUAGCUCUGGUAUGUUUAUGAAGAGAGGAGUGAAUGAGGUCAUCAAAGAUAUAGAGGAGAGAAUUGCAGAUUUCACUCAUAUACCUGUAGAGCAUGGAGAAGGGCUUCAAAUUCUCCAUUACGAAGUUGGACAAAAAUAUGAACCUCACUAUGAUUACUUCGAGGAUGAGUUUAAUACGAAGAAGCAUGGAGGUCAACGCAUAGCUACAUUACUGAUGUAUCUAUCAGAUGUUGAAGAAGGAGGUGAGACAGUUUUUCCCAGGGCAAAGGGAAAUGUCAGUUAUCCCCCAUGGGAGGAUGAGUCAGUGGAAUGCGGUAAAAAGGGCCUAGCUGUUAAACCUAAAAAGGGUGAUGCAUUAUUGUUCUGGAGCUUGAAGCCUGAUGCCACUAAAGAUCUGUCAAGUUUGCAUGGUGGUUGUCCUGUAAUUAAAGGCAACAAGUGGUCAUCUACAAAGUGGAUGCAUGUUGGCGAAUUUCCUUAGCUAGAGAUUUUGAAGACUAUGAUAGGCUGUUGUAAUGUGUAUUAACAAAUAUAAAGCAUCAACACAAGGCGAAUUCUUAGUGAAAAGCAUUAAUCUACUGAUCAACUUUCCGAACAAAGAAGAUUUACAAAAAUUCCUUAAAUUCUGUAAUGACCAAUGAGUUCUUUAUAUCAGUUCCUUUCUUGAAUACAAAAUUAGAGCUAAAAUCCCCUGAGUAGCUCCAUAUGCAAUUGAUGUCAUAUGAUUCACUUCCCCCAAGCCAAAAUAUUAUGUACAAAGGAAUAUGCAAUGAUGAGGCUUUAUGCGUCUUCUGUCUUCUGCUAAGUUGGUGUCUACAUUGAGUGAAGCAGUCUGAU